AACCAACCCUGUAACAAACUACACACAAACAAACGAAUGUGCCACCGCAAGUGCCUUCCUUCCACUUUUGAAACUUUAUAAUUUACGGCGUGGAAAUGAACCAAUAUCGGUGAAAGUCAGCGCAAAGCCAGCUCGGACAACUCAGGAUUCAGUCGACCGUUCGGCAGUUCCGCUUUCGUGCCGACACGAAACCGAGCGUUGUAGACGGAUCGCCAACGUUGAGCUGCUCCUCCGCGUGCCAGGGUCAGCAGCGGAGCCGUAAACUAUGCCAGGAUGCACGAGCUGCUUGCCCAAGUGCUGGAGAACUGUGACCUGUCGCGCGCCGGCGACCUCUUCUCGGUGGACGACCAGAAGAUAGUGGGCGACCUGUCGGAAGUGCUCUCCAAGAUCCGGGAGAUCGCCAGCGCCUCCGACUUUCUGCACAGCAACAACAUCCAGAGCGUCGUCGAGAUAUGCAUCACCAGGGCCACCUCCGCCAUCCGGGACACGGGGACAAUAGAGCAGCACGCCCACGCCCUCGUGGCUCUGCUCGAAUCCUGCCUGAACCACGACCUGCGGCCCUCUUCCAAGGACGAGGAUCCCCCACAUGCCAAGAUUGCUUCAGACAUCGUUAGCUGCAUUUUCCUGAACCACAGCAAGAAGCCUGUGAUGAAGCUGGCCCUCCCCGUGGCCAUCAAGUUCCUCCACCGGGGCAACAAGGAGCUUAGUCACAAUCUGUCCAGCUACCUCUCCCUGGCCGCCGUGAACAAUGCCGAGCUGCUGUCCCCUCACGUCCAGCCCAUUGUGGACAGCGUCAUCAGUGGCAACUAUGCCCUGGCCAGAGUGCUCCCCUCCAUCUAUGUGGUGAAGAAGGAACCCAUUCACGACCACUUGAUGGCCCUCAUCUCCCUGCUGCCGCUCUGCGAAAGCGACGAGAAGCUCAACCUCCUCGCCCUCUUUGAGCUGGUGGCCAAGCACAAGCCGCAGCUGCUGGAGAGCAACCUGCCCCAGCUGAGCAGCUGCCUGGGCAGUGCUACCACGGCCGGCUCGGUGCUCAAGAUCUUCCAGGAGAUGGCGAGCGUCAAGCCCCAGCUGUUCACCGAGUACCUGCGCAAGAUGCGGGCCGUGGCACAGGCGCAGCCCGUGCACCUGGCCCUGGUGGCGCACAUCAUGGGCACCGUGGGCAGGCUCGGCACGGAGCGUGGACGCGAGUGCCUGGAGUUCCUGGUGUCCCAGCUGGCCAAGGGGGACCACAACACGCAGGUGACCCUGCUGCGGGAGGUGAAGCGCCUGACAGACGCCUUCCCGCCGCUGCUGGGCCCCUUCGUGCCCCAGGUGUGCGCGCAGGUGCCCGAGCCCGUGGCCUCCUCCACCAUACGCUUCUACCUGCAGCAGCUCAAGGCGGACGCCGCCACCGCCGCCCACAGGGCGCAGGUGGUGAACCAGACGGGGGGCGUGACCAUCGUCAAGGUGGGGGGCGGCGGCAGCCGUCAGGACCUGUCGUCCCGGGCGGGCAGCCGCAGCAGCGUGGCCCAGGCAGCCGCCCGGCACCAGCAGCAGCAGCUGCUGGUCUCGUGCUCCUCGCCGGAGGGUCCGGGCAACUCGCGUUCCCUGGGCCACCUAGGCUCCGGGCAGCAGCUGGCACACCGCAGCAUGGGCAGGCUGCCCUCCUCCUCCUCCGCCCACCACUCGCAGGGGGCCCAAGCCCAGAGCAGCGGCAGCCGCCUGAGCUCCCCGUGCGGCCUGCACAUGAGCCUGUCCAAGCUGAGCUCAAGCUCUCCCGUCAACCGCAGCCUGUCAGCCCUGAGCAGCCGCCACAACCUGAGCUCCUGCUCCUCGGCCCACACCAGCCGCGUGUCCAGCUGCGGGGUCACCGUCACCACCACCUCCACCCACAAGAGCAUGAGCAUCCCGACGCUGAUCGAGGAGGCGCAGUCGUCGCCUGCGCUGGGGGGCUGCCGGCGCCCCGUGAUGACGGUGUCCAUCACCAGCCACAUUCCCCGCCCGAUCCCCGAGCACUCCUCCGGGGGCGAGGGCUGCUCCCACAAGGGCCCAAGCCCCUCGCCCCCUCCCCUCCUGCCCCCCGGGUCCUCCUCCUCGGCCGUGGGGGGCGUGGCCUCGUGCUCCUCCUCCUCAGCCACACCCCCUCCCUACGGGGGCGGUGCCUCUUCCUCGUCCCGCCUCCUGGGCGGCCCCAACAGCAGCUCCCUGAGCUCGAGCGGCAACAACAACAGCCAGCACAAGGGCAGCGCGGGGGGCGGGGCCAGCUCCGCCACCGAGGACGACGCCGUGCUGCUUGUGCCCCGCAAGGUCCAGUCCAAUUCUCAGAGGAUAUCCGUGUUCGAGCCAUACCCAAUGCGGGACGCAGUCCAGCACUUCUGCGAGAAGCAUCUCGACAAAAUCAAAGCCUACAUGCAGACCAUCUUCGUCAAGCUACCGCUCCCCUCCAAGUGCACCAUCGAAGAACGGCGCUCUAAGAAGCACGCCAUCCUGCAGUUUGCCUGCCAAGGAAAGGGGGAGCACUGCCUGUACAGCAAGAGCCUGUUUGUCAUGAAGACCAAGAACCCCAGGAUAUGGAUACACCUUAUGUUUCUUGCACUCCAGGCUCGUGCCUCAAACGCGCUGAGUACGCGGGAGUCCUCGGUGAGCAGUCUGAAAAACUGCUGGGACACACUCAAAUACGACAACAAGUCAUUCCUGGCCCUGGUGACCUCUUCAUUCCCUUCCGCAAAGGACCAAGACAACCUGAUUGGGGAGCUGAGGUGCGAGAGGUUUUUUGAUGUGUUUGAGUACAACGGUCCCCUGACGCUGUGGGGCUGCUUCCUGUGCAACCACCCGGACAGGGCGCAGGGCUUCCUCCAGGAGGGCGGCGAGCCAGUCAUAGAGGGCCAGCUAAAAGAGAAGAAGAAAAAGUGGAAGCUCUUCAGGCACUGGAGGACGAGAUACUUCACCCUGUCAGGGGCACACCUUUCCUACAGAGGCCUGAAGGACGACAAGGAGGCACAACCCAUCGAAGUGAGUCAAAUCAGGAGCGUGCGUCCCAUCGGGAGUCGCGGCCGCAACAUCCCCAAGGCAUUCGAGAUCUUCACGUCGGACAAGACCUUUGUGCUCAAGGCCAAGGACAGCAAGAACACCGAGCAGUGGGUGCAGUGCCUGUCCAUAGCUCUUGCACGCUCGCAUGCCAAGGAAGUGGUCCACUGAGCGUGACCCCGACUCCAUGCGCACUGUCUGGUAUUAGUUUCCAAGGCCUGGCACGUCAUUCACUCAAGCCAGCAUUGUCAGCGGGAACCUAUUGCAGCUAGACCGAGCUUGGCUCGAAGAUUGUAUACUGCUACUAGUAUUUAUGAGCCGUUUAUCGUCGUGGCAGUGUUUUCUUUCUCGUGUUCCAUUGUAAAAUACUUAUCCCCGUGGUUUGAGCAGAGGAAUCUUCAAUCGGUGCCAGCUAAGUGAGCCAUUAUGUGCCUAGUGGUUUGGCGUCAAGGCUUGCAAACUUUCAAGAAGUUGCGAGCGCUUUCGGUUGCAUUUUUAAUGUGGCUGUGCAUUUGUUUCUGCCUGGAAAAAUUCUGUCUUGACUUUUUCUGAUGCACUCAACUGACACCUCAAGGUGGCCCGUGGCCCGUGGCCCAUUCAUGGCUCAACAUCGACUGUGGCCAUGCCUUUAGGACUGGAUAGAAAACUAAAGCUUUGAUGGUGGUGCGUAGAUUUUUCUCGUCGUCUGCACGUCUCAAGCUUCCCAGUGAACCUACCUCAAUGGCGCACUGAUUUGACCGCAUGACUAGAGUCUCAGUGCCUAAGCAAAAACAUGUAGGUCGAGAAUAUGCUCAAGGUGUAAGUCUGAUUUGUAAUUGGUCAUGCCCGAUUUAUCGGUUUUGUGGACGAAGCAUGGUACAUGCGAGUUUUCACAUCGCAGUGGCAGAUCUAAGUGGUUGGCUCUGAGAUCAUACCGAUGGCAUUUGUGGUUCCUAUGUAAAAAUUUCAGGUGCCUGAUGACAAACCUGUUAUACGUUUCACUUAACUGUUGGUGGGACCUGCUCAGGUUCCUGGGUUGCCCAGAGUGCAACUUUUACAUGCAAUUUGCUAUGACGUAAUAGUUUUUAGCUCAAUCUAUUGUGCCUAAUGCAAGACAGCUUUCACUUGUUUUGCUUUUUUCUAACUGCUGUAUUUAUAAAAGUGUGUGCCUUUAAUUCUAUGCAUUGUACGCUAAAUGUACCUUUAUUCCUAGGUUUAAUUUCUAGGCCCAAUUGUGUGUAUGUCUAGGUAUGAAAACGGCAUUGUCUCAAAGGAAGGUAGCCUUAACAUGGGGAACACGCUUUUAGGCUCCUGAGAGCAUUUGUUGGACACAUUUGACAUGCUCAGUUUUAGCUGUCUGAUAACAAUGUACUCAUUCUAAUAUCACCGAUUAGAUGGUCCACACCCAGAAAUUGCAGGCAAGCAAUGUGUGUUUUGACAGUAGUGACUAUUCUUUUGGCCUUUGACUUACAGUAACAUGUUUGUGGCAUGGUCUAGGGCAGCCGACAUAGACAUGAAGAAAUGAAGAAUUAAGAAGGCGAUGCAACGAUUUUUGUACUUUGCGCAAAUAUCGCUUAGAAUGGAUCCCCGACAUUAAUGACCUGUGAAACACGUUCGUUUUUCACCACACGCUAUCGAAGUCGCAGAAGAAAUAAAAGAAAAACGAGCAGCGUUCAACCUCCCAACUUGCAGCCAGAACAAGUGGCCACGUGAUCUGGAGCCGAUUAUAUGCCGCCAACGUUGAUCAUAGCGACGCGCUGGGGUUGGCAAAGCACAGAACACGGGCCGAGUUCCAGACGUUGUUAUGGUUCGGCUCUUGUCGUCAUUGCAGCGAUUGGAUACUGGCCACUACCUGGAUGCUUCUCGAGCUAUCGAUUAUGACGAGCCCAAAUCGAGUGCCCACGCAAUACUCGAGUCCUAUCUACGAGCCGCAUUCAAAUAUUGUCACUGGGCGGUACUGCGACCGCCCCCCUACAUCAUCAAGUUUUGCGAAGGAGACUCUGAAUGAAAACACUCACUUUUGUCCUUGAAAUUACGCCAGAACAAAGGAGUUUUUUGGCCAGUGGCGUUGCGUGCAAGUAUCCUUGAGUCCAACUAGUGCCAGUAAGCUCAUGUAAAGUGUAAAACAUUCCAAUUGAAUAUUGUUGCACCGCCCCUUCAAGUUGCAGCAUUUUUCCUGAGCUUGUUUUGGGGAGGGGUCAAGCACUAAAAGUUUGACAACACUCCUUUUCCAUUCUGUUUGCUUUCUAUGGGGGCUGGGCUAUCCGAGAUAUUAUGACAAUUUUUGAAGUAUGCCCAAGCAGCGCAAACACUCCUGCAUAACUUCAGCCAUAAGUGCACUUGCCCAUUGGAAUGCUCUGAAAUACAUAUGCCAAGCUUAAAGGCAACUCCGCUUAAUUCUAAAAAUUUAAGAAUGAGUGUUUAACAUUUAAAAACACUAAUAUAAAGCACUACAUCAUUUGUUUCACGAAAAAUAGGACAGAUAUUGUUAAAUCUUACUUUAAACAUAAGCAGAAAUCGAAACUGAAACUUCGGCUCCAUCUGGCAACAUUAGCCUUGGGCUGCCAAAAACGUGACUAUCACAUAGUACGAGAUGUCACGUGAUCCUCUACGCAACGACGGGCGAGAUUAGGGCGGGUUGGCAGGCCACCGUUGGGACUGUUGUGUGCCAGGUGCAAGUGUCAUCUGCACCGCAGUCUUCACUGCAGUAUUCACCAUGUUUUGGUGUUUACGACAUUCGACGACGUCUGCACAACUGCGGCAUCAGUCUGCUCGCGUAGUGUGAACGAAACUCCAAGAGACAAUAAUCCCAAAUGGUGAGAUGACGAUGGCAGUUCUGACUGAAGAGACAGCGGACUGCUGGACGACAAUGGCAGUUCUGACGUGGAAGACGGCAGAUGGCUGGACAGCUCCUAAGCGCGCUGCACAGGCGCAUUACGCUGAUCACGUGGACACUGCUGAGCACCGAGAGGAAAUGUCGCCCAAUACGCUUGCCCGAAUAAGUAAAAAACAAAAAGGGGCAAUGGUGAUGACGUUUAGCUCAAUGUUGGCUAUGCCAACGCCAUAGCCUUGACUGCGCUGUUGGUUGCGCCUCAAUUCGCCCACUAGAGUCGGCCGAUUGUGGUAACUUUGGCGCGUUGCAAGGUUUGCCAGACCGUUUCAAAACAUUUAGAACUAGGUCGUAAUAUUUGGCGUGUGGUCUUCCUAGGUGAUACUAAAGAGGACUACAUUGUUUUGCAAAAACAAAAAUGAAGCGGAGUUGUCUUUUCGACAAUUAUCCAGUUAGAACCAUCUAAAAAUGAGUUUGUGUCAUGCUGCCUUUCUUUUGCCAUCGGUUGAGACAUCUAGAGGAUGUGUGUGUAUGUGUGUGUCAGAUAUUGAUUUAUUGCUUUCCUGGUCAGGGUAAAUUCUACCAAAACUGGCAGGUGUACAUAAAGGUAUUUAUUGAAGGCAGUAUUCCUCACUGUACAAAGAUAAAACAAGUGCUACUCUCGCAACAGAAAAAUAAUAUGAAUGUUGACUUUGGGGGUGGCUGGGGCGGUCUCGGCGUCUGUUGUGUUUGUUGCUGGUCUUUCAAACUGGCAUUUCGAUGUGAAUGGUGUCCAUCGUGGGUAAAUCAAAACUACUUACUAUGCAUGCAUCUGCUGCUUCCCAGCAAAGUGCUUUUGCAUCGCCUGUCAUAUGUGUCGAGGCAUUCUAUGAUCUGUUAGAAAAUAAAGUCUACUUCCUUUGUGGAAA